UCCAUAAUCGAUCGACAAUCUCUCUCAACAUUUUUCAUCGAACCCUUCGCGCACCGCCGUCUCUGUCGCCGGGAAAUAACUUCAAUCGCCGGAAUAAAUGGCGGGAAAGAGCAGGAUUCUGUUCAUCGGAGGCACUGGUUACAUUGGGAAACACAUAGUGGAGGCGAGCGCCAGAGCCGGCCACCAAACCCUCGUUCUCGUCAGGGAUUCCACGCUCUCGAGCCCUUCGAGAUCGACGAUCAUCGAUAAUUUCAAAAAUCUGGGCGUCCAAUUUCUCCUCGGAGAUUUGUUUGAUCACGAGAACUUGGUGAAUGCGAUAAAGCAAGCGGACGUGGUGAUAUCAACAGUUGGACACUCGCUCUUGGGGCAUCAAGACAAGAUCAUCUCUGCAAUCAAAGAAGCCGGCAAUGUCAAGAGGUUCUUUCCAUCUGAGUUUGGGAAUGAUGUGGACCGUGUCCAAGUUGUUGAACCUGCAAAAUCAUCUUACACUACAAAGGCCAGAAUCCGCCGUACUAUCGAGGCCGAGGGUAUUCCGUACACAUACGUCUCUUGCAACUUCUUCGCUGACUACUUCCUCCCGACAUUAGCUCAGCCAGGUGCGACAUCUGCUCCCCGAGAUAAAGUCUUCGUCAUGGGUGAUGGUAACCAGAAAGCUGUAUUCAACAAGGAAGAAGAUAUCGCCGCUUACACGAUAAAAGCAGUUGAUGAUCCAAGAACAUUGAACAAGAUCCUAUACGUGAGGCCAACUGUGAACACCUACUCCUUCAACGAUCUUGUCUCUUUGUGGGAGAAAAAGAUUGGGAAAACGCUGGAGAGGAUCUACAUUCCAGAGGAGCAGCUCCUCAAAAACAUACAAGAAGCUUCUCCUCCCAUGAACGUGAUUCUGUCGCUGUGCCAUUGCGUGUUGGUCAAAGGAGGCCACACAAGCUUUGCCAUUGACCCUUCGUUUGGAGUGGAGGCUUCCCAGCUUUACCCUGAUGUCAAAUACACCACCGUGGACCAGCUCCUCAACCAGUACGUUUAAUUUAGAUUCCACCAUGGAACAUGAAACCUCUAUUUUCUACCUUCUAAGAAAUUAAGAAACGAAACAUUUAUAAUUUUAA